ACGAAAAAGAGAAGAAAAUCAGCACAAAACGAAACGGAAAACUGCGAAAUUGAGGUGCAAAACAGAACUAAAUAAAGCGAUUUUACAUCGCUGUUCUUGACUGAGUUAAACAACUGCAAACAGGGUCAAAAUGGCAGAUCCUUUGAGCUUGCUUCGCCAGUACAACAUCAACAAAAAGGAAAUAUUAGAGCGCGAAAGCCAGAUCAUAUUUGGCGAAUUUUCCUGGCCGAAGAGUGUGAAGACAAACUAUCUAAAAUAUGGAUCCGGAAAAAAGGGUGCUCCGCGUGAAUACUAUACGCUGGAGUGCCUCUUGUAUCUAUUAAAAAAUGUGAUGCUCCAGCACUCGGUGUAUGUGCGACAAUGUGCAGCCGAGGAUAUACCAGCGGUAAAUCGUCCAGAUCGUAAGGAGCUGUUAGCAUACCUAAAUGGUGAAUCACAAACCUGCGCCAGCAUAGACAAAAGUGCGCCUCUCGAGAUACCCACUCAGGUGAAGCGGUCAGCCGAUGGCGAUCCUAUUAGUGGGGAGGUGGCAGCCAAGAAGCCACGUUUCGAGGAGACUCAAGUGCAAAAGGUGCGAGAACAAUUGGCCGCUCGAUGGGAUGUUAAUCAAAAGGAGACUGCUGUUAAUAUGGAUAACAUCAAGUCCUUGUCGGAAACCAUGUCCGUGGAAAAGAUUGCUGCCAUCAAGGCCAAGCGCUUGGCCAAUAAACGUACCACCAUUAAACGCACCGAUAACGAUGAGGCCGCCAUGGGCACUGAUUUGCGAGCCAUUUUGGACUAUGAUGUCGACUCCACCAAGGAUAUCAUUAGUCGCGAGCGGCAAUGGAGGACGCGGACUUCCAUUUUACAGAGUACGGGCAAAAUAUUCGCCAAGAACCUAUUUGCCAUGCUGCAGGGAAUUAAAGCGCGCGAAGAGGGAAGGCAGGGAAGACCGCAGGUCUCGAAUAAUGCAAUCAAAAUGCCUGAACCGCCUCAACGAAUCAAUAAACCGCCCCAGCAACAACUUUCCCAGUACAAUCGUUACGAUCAGGAACGUUUCAAUCGACAAAAAGAGGAAACGGAAGGAUUCAAGAUUGAUACUUUGGGUACCUAUCAUGGCAUGUCCCUGAAAUCGGUGACCGAAGGCUCGUUGGCCCAGCAACGCAAGGCCCAAGCUGGAGGCGCAGGUGGUGCUGCAGCGCCCGGAAUGCGACCCAACAAACCGGAUAUGGGGCUAGGUAUGCCCACAGCUCAGAACAGGCAAUUAGCAUCCGGCAAUGGUCCCCAGAAGCGUCCAUCCCGUACGCCCAUUAUCAUCAUCCCGUCAGCGAACACAAGCCUCAUCACCAUGCUCAAUGUAAAAGAUAUAUUGCAGGAACUGCGUUAUUUGUCUACGGCAGAAAAGAAAAUGGCAGGUUGCCAGCGUGAUACUGAGGUUCUGUUGCAAAGAAAACGUAAUAAUCAAACAGUCUCAUAUCGUGUAAUAGAUAAUCCAAUCAAGCUCAAUCAGCAGGAUUGGCAAAGAGUCGUAGCUGUCUUUGUCAUGGGUCCACAAUGGCAAUUCAAAGGCUGGCCUUGGGAUGGUAAUCCCGUGGAGAUUUUCUCAAAAAUUUGCGCGUUUCAUUUGUGCUUUAGUGAGCUGAAACUGGAUGCAAAUGUGGAACGCUGGUCAGUGACGCUGCUGCGUCUAUCGCAAAACAAAAGGCAUUUGGAUAGAGCAGUGCUUAGCAAAUUUUGGGAAACUCUCGACAGAUACAUGGCAAAAUACAAGCCCGACUUAAGGUUUUGACUUCCUUCUACGCUCUUUGUUCUUUAAUCUUACCUUCAAUAUUUUCAUUUUAAAUGCAAUCUUCUUUAGUUUUUCUUUAUCAUUUACUUCAGCCUAAGUUUACUCAAUUUCCAAUUUUAAAAGAAAAAAACUGGCUUCAAGUUUAUAAUUAGUUUUUGAAUUUUUUACCAUUACAAGAAAAGUGAAACCUCUAAAACUUCCUAUUUAAGAAAUAAUCAUAAAAGUUUGUUAAAAAGAAUAGAAAACCAUCAGAUAAUGUAAUCUGUAGAAUUAGUUAUGUACAAUAAAACCACAAAAAAAGUUAUAAGCCUAAAGUGAAA